AUGGGUAUCAAGGGGAUUUACCGCGAGCUGGGCCCGGGAACGCGGGUGUCGCUUUCCAAGCUUGCUGCCGACACCUUCGAGCACCAAAACAGACCGUUUCGCAUCGCCAUAGACAUUGCAAUAUGGCAGUUCCAGACGCAGGCCGCCCGAGGCGGGACAAACCCUGCGAUUCGAACCCUUUUUUACCGCCUCGUCCGCCUGCUGGGGACACCCGUCCAGCCCAUCUUCGUCUUCGACGGCCCGAAUAAGCCCGUGUUCAAGCGAAACAAGCGGUCGGGUCGAGGCGACGGCGUCGCGACCGCGCAAGCCAAACAACUUAUCCGACUCUUUGGCUUUGCAGUCCAUGACGCCCCAGGCGAGGCAGAGGCAGAGUGCGCCCUGCUCCAAAAGCACGGCAUCGUGGACGCCGUCUUGAGCGAGGAUGUGGACACAAUCAUGUUUGGAUGCACAAAGACUCUUCGGAACUGGUCGUCCGAAGGCAAAACCUCAAAGACGCCGACCCAUGUAUCCCUCUACGACGUACACGACCCCAAGAUUGCGGAAGUUGGUCUCGACCGUGAAGGCAUGGUCCUCAUCGCUCUGAUGAGCGGUGGCGACUACCUGCCGGACGGCAUACCGGGCUGCGGCGUCAAGGUGGCUUAUGAGGCUGCCAAGGCAGGCUUCGGCAAGUCCAUCUGCAGACUCAAAGCAUCCGACGCCAGCGGCAUCAAAGCCUGGAGGGAGUCGUUGACGCACCAGCUCAGAACAAACGAGCAAGGCCACUUCAGGACGAAACACCGCGCGCUAAUCAUUCCCGAAGACUUUCCAAACAUUGAGGUCCUGCGGUAUUACACUCAUCCAGUCGUGUCACCACAAUCCACGCUGGAUGCUGUACGCCAGAAACUUGAGAGGAAGCAGACGAUACAGCUCGAAGCCCUCCGCGAGUUUACGCGCGAGACGUUUGACUGGGACUACAAGAUUGGCGCAGUCAAGUUUAUUCGAGUGCUAGGGCAGUCCCUCCUCGUUCACAACUUGUCCGAAGGCGCGACAAGUCCGCACGGCUGGGUGAAGCGAAUAUCCGGGCGGCGGCAACACUUUACCACCGACGCUACGCCAGAACUGCGGCUCGCGUAUGUUCCCGAAGAGGUCGUCCCGAUCGACUUGUCAAAGGAGGUUGACGAGGUUGUGGCGUCCGGACGAGACGGCCUGGCCCUGAACAGCGACGACGACUUCGGCGCGGAUAAUGACCCUUCCGGUGCUGUCGACAGCGUCAGAGCGCCCAAAGUAUUCGACGUCACCAAGCCAGACUUGACGUGGGUUCUGGAAAGCGUGGCACGGAGAUUUAUCCCCGACACGGUCCGGUCUUGGGAGGAGGCCGCGACUGCCAAAGCUCCUCGGAAGUCGCCAGCGAAGAAAACGGCAUCGGCCCCCAAGCCCAAGAAGAGCACCGGCAUGCCUCGGGGGGCGCUCGAUGGAUUUGUACGCGUGACGAAACCGAAACCGGUACACGACGAGACUGGCCGACCGGCCGAGCUCGAACCUGGCGCAAAGGCAUCGCAGAAACCAAGGCUCAAGGUCCCGCCUCUUCUUCGGUCUCCUCCCCCGGCCAAGAUCUCUCCGAGCAAGCGGCGGUCAAGGGGCGAAACACCCAGCCCUGCCGAGGAGCAGGGCCCGCCGCCGAGCCCGUCAAGGAAGAAGAAGUCCCUAGAGCGCAGUGCUACGCUUUACUGGUCCAACGAAAGUGAAGUGGAUGAGACGGAGAGGGCUGCUAGGAUCCGUUCCGGGUCAAAGCUGCCGGAAGCUCGCGGCGUCAAGGCCGGCGUGGUGAGAUGGAGCGACGUGUCGUUGAUUGACCUUACCGGCGAUGAUUGA